AUGCCGACGUUCAAACUGGAAGAAAUGGAUGAGGACGUGCCUUAUGGCGGCGAUAACGAUAUGUACUUCAGGCAGUGGCGGAUACCGUCGAUGAAACCGGUGUUGGAUGAGAAACUAGACCGAGACUUCCUGGAAGCGGUGACAAAAAAAGACGAAUUAAUGCGAAAACGGGCGGAAAGACGUCAACAACACAGUCAGAAAUUCGAUAAAAAGUUUGAAGAUCUCGUAAAAGCGAUGAGUGAGGCGUCCGUAGACAAGAAGCAGAAGGAGAAUGUUCCAUUCGUUCGGAAAGCGACAGAAAUGGAAUUAAAGCAAAGGAGAGACGAGUUGGAGAUGGAAUUCGCGUCGCCUAGCUCCACGGCGAAGAUGGUGCCGUUUGUGGCGAGAUCCCGCCCCCGCGUCAAUCCGGUAUUCGGCGAAAAAAUGGUCGGCAUGAAGAAUCUAGUGCUGACUCCGCCCCCACCAUCAGCCACAACACCAAAAGAGCCGAAUUUCAGUGCCCACGAAACAGUAUUCUAUCCGCAAACCCACGAUUCGUUCAAUCUGGAUCAUUACAACGGUUCCAGACCGUCCUUCGCAUUCUCAGGGAUUCAAGGAGCCACAUCGACGCCAGUUUCAAAAGGAAAGGUAUUCAGUGGAGCCGCAAUUCAAGAGGAAGACGGAGAUGAUAGCGUUUUUGAGCACUCGAAAUAUGUGACGGCGAUGGAGUCACCGAUACAGAAGGCCUCGGUCCCGAUUUCCAGUCAAAAAUCUCAAAAACCGGCUGAAAAACCACUUUUUUCGACUCAAAUUGCUCCAGAAGCUUCAAAAUCUCAAUCUUCAUCGCUUUUUGCUCAAAAACCUGCUGAAAGUGAUCAAAAUGCUGCUCCAGAUGCCUCAAAACCCGUUGGAACUUCUAUUCUCGGUCAAAAACCGCGUUUUUCGUUUCCAGUUGCUCCAGAAGCCUCAAAACCUGCUCCAGAUCUCUUAAAACCCAUUACCACAUCGCUUUCCGCUCCAAAACCUGCUGAAAAUGCCCAAAAUUCGAGUGGAACAUCGACUUUUGGACAAAAACCUGCUCCAGAUCUCUCGAAACCUGUUGGCACACCGCUAUUCGCUCAAAAACCAGCUGAAAGUGCUCAAAAUUUGGCUCCAGAUGCCUCAAAACCUGUCGCAACGUCUAUUUUCGGUCAGAAACCUGCUGGAAAUACUCAAAAUCCGAGUGGAACAUCGAUUUUUGGUCAAAAACCACUUUUUUCGGCUCCAAAAGCUUCAGAAUCGGCUGAAGCAGCUUCAAAACCGACUGGAUCUCAAACAACAUCGAUUUUCGCUCAAAAACCUGGUUUAGAGGCAUCAAAACCAGUUGGAGCAUCGGUGUUUGCUCCAAAAACGGCUCCAGAUCUCUCCAAACCCGUUGGAACAUCGAUUUUUGGUCAAAAACCACUUUUUUCGGCUCCAAAAGCUCCAGAAUCGGCUGAAGAAGCUUCACAACCGACUGGAUCUCAAACUGCAUCGAUUUUCGCUCAGAAACCCGUAACGUCUGCACUUUCUUCCACUCCAAAUACCUCAGAAUUCUGGAAACCGAAAGUUGCACAAAUUCCUGCUGUUAUCCCAUCAAUUUUUGGCCAAAAAACCACUCCAGAAUCCAAAAAGCCACCUGUAACAUCGAUACUCGACCCAAAACCUCCUCGAAGUGGAAUGUUCACGUCUUCAACGGAUCAAAAACCAUCUGUAAACCUGUUUGGGUCCAAUUCCGGUUGGGGAUUCCCCACAAAACCUGCUUUAAAGUCGACUAGCGCUGAAACACCGCCAGAUUCACCGAAAGGGUCACCAAAAGGAUCGAAAAAUCUGCCAUUUGCCAAGGAAAUUGCGACGAAACCCGCUGAAAACGACGCAAUUUUCGGUCAAAACGAACCUUUUGUUCCAUCGAUACCGGCUGAAAAACCCGCUGAAAAAGAGGCUCCAGAAGCUCCGAAUAGAUCCAUCACCCCACCACUCCGUGUCCCUUCUCGCCCAUUCAUCCUCUUCAAAAACUACAUUGGCCUUCUGAAGACGUUGAACGAGGAGAAGAAAACCUUCGAAACGUCGUCAGACCCUCAAUUCAGGUCUCUUGUCAAACGAACGAUCACAGAGAAGGUUACGAUAUUCACGGAGCGUCAGACGUCUUCUGAUGGCCGCGCUGAGAUUCUGGAGUUCUUUAAAACGAUGCUUCAGAAGAAGGAGGUGCAAGGAUUCGCUGUGAUUGGCAAGGCGCCGAAAUUUAAAUUGGCGAAAGAUGAGGAGGUCAACUAUGCGGUUCAGUGUAUUGUUGAUAAGUAUAUUUCUCUGGCCGAACUCGACGAGGAACUCGCUCCCACCAUCUCCGACCUGAUCUCCCGUCUGUCUGCAGUAAUCCGACGUGUCGAGAAGGUGUUCAUCGUCCAGAUGUUCAACAAAUCGACACUUUUACGACAGAAUCCAGAAGAAUGUCUCCAGAAGUUUGUGGAACACUCGACGGCUGAGAAUAGUGAUGAGAAGGCGAUCGAAUGGACACAGGAAAGGGCACUCGUCACACUGUUUUUCACCGUUUUCGCGAAAAACGCAUUCAUCUCAACGAAAGGCCGAAAAAUGGUGCUAAGUGACGAGUUGUUGUGGAAAUACGUGGAAACGACGAUGGCUCACGUCCUGGAAGUGCCAAAAGCCUCGUUCGUCCUGUUGCAAUUGAUUACGACUUGCAAGCCACGCCUCCACGCCGACGAGGAUCGAUUCACCGAAAUGUUGAUGACGAUCGAGACGGAGGUGCUCCCGGAGCUCGACGAGAAUCCAUUCGAUGGAGAUGAGGCGGUGAUCAGCCAGUUGGGACAGAUGGUUCGACACUUGUCAGCAGGAAAAUAG